UUUUACACUGUUCCUCUACCCCUCUAUAAUUUUAUUUACUUACUAUGUUUAUUUCUUUCAUUUCAUUUCAUUUUCCACUUUCUACAUGAUCUAAUGUAACACCAUAACCUUAAUAUAUAAUAUAAAUCUUAUAUUGCAUAGUUCACAAUUAGAUGCACUACUAAUUUCUAUAUGCUAUCCCUAAAAUAAUAAUAAUGGAAGGUUCAUCCUCCUCUCCACCCCAAAACUAUGAAGGAACACCUCCACCUUCACCAACACCUAGCCGUUAUGAGUCACAAAAAAGAAGAGAUUGGAACACUUUUGGUCAAUACCUAAGGAACCAACAUCCUCCUGUCCCUCUUUCUCAAUGCACAAGCCACCAUGUCUUAGACUUCCUCCGUUACUUAGACCAAUUUGGUAAGACUAAGGUCCAUGUACCCGGGUGUAUGUUCUAUGGCCAACCCGAACCCCCGGCUCCAUGUCCUUGCCCUCUUAGACAAGCUUGGGGUAGUCUUGAUGCCCUCAUAGGCCGUCUUCGUGCUGCCUAUGAGGAGAAUGGAGGACCACCGGAGACUAACCCUUUUGCCGGUACGGCUAUAAGGGUGUAUCUUAGGGAGGUGAGGGAGUGUCAAGCUAAGGCUAGGGGUAUCCCUUAUAAAAAGAAGAAGAAAGGAAGUGGAAGAGGUGGUGGUGGUAGUGGAAGUGGUAGUGGAGAUGAUCAUUCUUCAUUUUCUCCUGGUGGAUCUUCUAGUAAUAUGAUGAUGAGGUUUUCUUAGUAUAAUCCACUACAUAUGUUAUGCUCUUUUCCAAGAUCAUCAAUUAUCAAGAGUACCACGCAAUAAUGAAGACGUCUCUACUGCAAGGAUAUCAUUAGCGUGGAAUGAAGACAAUGUAUAAAUAUUCAAUUGCAAUUGGUAGGCGGUGUUUAGAUAAUUGUUUUUCUCAUUAAUUAAGAUUAUCACUUAAUCACUUUCAUUGCUGAAGCUCAUUAAUAUUGUAUUGAUUUCGUUCUACUUUCGGGAAUUUCUCUUGUAAUCAAGCGUUUUCUAUGAAUCAAUUAGUUCAUCAUCAAGUUGA